AUGCAGGCGUUGCUGGCCAGCCCGCAAACCAAGUGUGAGCCCAUUGCCGCCAUUACAUCCAUACUGGCCAAGAAGCUCGCAGCUGAUUUUGGACGACCGGAGGGAGAUAUCGAUAUAUCGCUGGCACUGACGGAUAUUGGCGUUGAUUCAUUGAUUGCGGUCGAGCUCCGUAACCGGAUCGGUGUUACGAUGGAUGCCGAUUGCUCUAUCUUUGAUAUCAUGCAAAGUCCCUCGCUGAGUAUUCUUGUUGAGACUAUGGCGAGCAAGAGCUGGCUGGUUCGAUCGGAGAUUCGUUGA